AGGUGGUAGCCUAGCAGCCCAAAACAAAGUUGAGACUCAGACACAAACUGCUCAAACUCUCAAAGCAACUUCUUGUUAAACCUCCAUUAAACCCUAGCAAAAAAAAGACCCAAAUUCGCAAGAAAAAUGAAGGGCAAAAACCCUAAACGAAAACCUUCCUCAAUGUACAGCAGCAAAUCGAAGAAGAAUUAUGCAAAUCAGGAUUCAUUGAACAAUUCGAAAAGGCGACGCAAAUUCGAUAGCAGCGACGAAGAAGAAGAAAAUGGGUUUGAUGCAGAGAUUUCGAGCGAUAGGUCGGAUGGUGGGGAUGACUUUUUCGUGGAUGAAAAUGGUAGGGAUAAGUCAGAGGAUGAAUUGGAGAAAGAAACUGUUGAAGAGCGGCGAAAGCGACUAGCGUGGGACCUUGUUGAAAAAGUUAGGAAAGGCGAGGAGGAACAGAGGAAGGAGGAUGAGGAAGAAGAUAGUGAUGAUGAUGAUAGAGAGGAGAGAGAGGGUAAUAGGGAUUCUCUUGUUGUUAAGAUUUUGCAGCAGGAGCAGCUUGAAGAGAGUGGGCGAACUCGUAGAUUAAUUGCUUCCCAGUUACAGAAGCUAGGAGAUAAGGAAGAAGCAGAGUUUUUGUUAAAGCAUCGGCAGUCUGUAACAGCUGUGGCUCUAUCUGAUGACGACAGAAGAGGGUUUUCAGCUUCAAAGGAUGGUUGUAUUUCCCAGUGGGAUGUUGAAAUUAGAAAAGCAGAAAAAUACCUUUGGCCCACUGAGGAAGUCUUGAAGUCCCAUGGUGUUAGAGAUCCACAGGGUAAAUCAAAUAAAAAGGGUAAAGUAAUUAAGCACAGUAAGCAUACCCUAGCAUUGGCUGUUAGUUCUGAUGGCCGUUAUCUAGCUACAAGUGGUUUGGAUCGUCAUGUUCAUUUAUGGGAUACUCGGACACGGGAACACAUUCAGGCUUUUACAGGACAUAGAGGGCCUGUGUCAUGUUUGACAUUUAGGCAAGGGACUUCAGAAUUAUUUUCUGGUUCAUUUGAUCGAACUGUUAGGAUUUGGAAUGCUGAAGAUAGGGCGUAUAUAAAUACUUUAUUUGGUCAUCAGAGUGAGGUGUUAACCAUUGAUUGCAUGAGAAAGGAACGGGUAUUGACUGUUGGACGUGAUCGAACCAUGCAGCUGUACAAGGUUCCGGAGGAGUCACGUCUCGUCUAUCGUUCUUCUACUUCCGCUCUUGAGUGCUGCUGUUUAGCUGGUAAUGAUGAAUUCCUAUCUGGAUCUGAUGACGGAAGCAUUGAGCUGUGGAGCGUAUUGCGGAAAAAGCCAGUUUCAAUCGUUAAAAAUGCUCAUACUCUAUCUGCAUUGAAGAAGCAAGUAGAUCUAAAUUACAACGGGACAAUGUCGAAUGGUCAUAUUGAAAGUAGCGAAAUCAAAGCAAAUAAUCCAAGCUCCAGUGCACAAUCCUGGGUCGGCUCUGUUACUGUAUGCAGGAAUAGCGACCUUGCUGCAUCUGGUGCUGGAGAUGGGUGUGUUCGAUUAUGGCAAAUCAAUAGUGAGACCAAAGCCAUUUCGCCCUUAUUUGAUGUUCCUUUGGUGGGGUAUGUGAAUUCUUUGGCUAUCGCUAAAUCUGGCAGGUUUCUGGUUGCUGGAGUUGGGCAGGAACCACGUCUUGGAAGGUGGGAUCGUAUACCUACAGCUAGAAAUGGGGUUGCUUUGCAAUCGUUCAAGCUUACAUCGUAGGAUGUGUGUCUGUCUACUGCAUCUUGUAAAAUCUAUUCAAUUUUGACUAUUUAAUCAAGGUGCCAGGAUGCAAGAGAUAUUGUAUUUAUGGGUUUUGAUGAUUCAUUUGAUUCCUUGCCUCAAAAUUUUGUAACAAUAUCUAUCAUGGUUUCUUAGACUUAGUUAGUUAGCGAGCAGCAAAUACUGUUAAAAUUGGCAGGUUGCGGGUUCAAGUUGUUGACUUGUUGUAAUGGAAUUUUAGUAAUAACAAUACAGUUCAUAUGUGAAA